AUGACGCAAAUCGGCAUCUUCCCUGCUUCAGGUGCCCUUGGCACAAGUACAUACACUCAUCUUUUAUCUCAAGUUCCCAACGAAAAAGUCACCCUCAUCAACCGCUAUCCCGAAAAGGUACCCAAAAAGUACACUGAGAAGGGAACGAUUGUUCGUCAAGCUUCAUACGAGUCUAGCGCCGAAGAUCUACAGGCCGCCUUUUCCGGUGUAGAUGUACUCUUCCUCAUCUCGUAUCCCAGCCAUGUCCACGAGUACAGAACAAAAGUACACACCAAAGCCAUCGACGCGGCGGUCAAAGCUGGAGUCAAGCAUAUUUUCUAUUCGUCUUUGGGAUUUGCGUCUAUUGGGGAGGUUACUACCAAGGCGGAAGUCAUGGGUGCGCACCUUGACAGUGAGAAGCACUUGAAGGAACUUGCGCAGAAGGAUGAUGGGUUCACGUUUACGAGUGUUCGUGAGGGCCUUUACAGCGAGUCCUUCCCUAUCUAUACUUCUUUUCUUGACUUGAAGAAUCCGCCUUCUAAGGUUCUUAUUCCGCAUAAUGGAAGUGGACCUGGUUCGUUUACUUUGGCCGAGACGGUUGCGGUUCUUUCGCGUGCAACGGGCAAGGACUUUGAGAUUCAGGAGAUCAGUGUUGAAGAGUAUAUCAAUCUUCCUCAGAUCAAGGAGUAUUUUGGAACAGAGGAAAAGGCGACGACGUGGGCUACAGCUUGGGAAGCGAUUCGGGCUGGAGAAACGGCUGGAGUGACGGAGACGUUGAAGGAGCUUUUGGGAAGAGAACCUGAGGCUUUUGAAAAGACUAUCGAGGAGUUUGUCAAGAACUAG